AAGGAGAGCCGUAAAGCGUUGUGUUGUGAUGAGAGAGGUCAUUGGAAAGUGAGCACAGAGCUACCUGGGCUGGUUCGGGGGACAGAAAGAUACUUUAUUGCUAUCAGCUAUUCCGGUACCGGAGUAGAUCCAGCGGAAUCUAAAAGGUAUUUAGCGACUAAACUAACCAAGACGAAAUGCUUCGUCUCGUCCUGCGGCUGAGGAAUUCUUCAGCGAUUCCCCGGUGCCGUGGUGCCCUACCUGGGCCUGCCCUGAGCUCUCACCCCUCUCCGGGACCUUGUCAUCUGAGGCGUUACCACGGUUUUGUCCGGUCAAGGGCUGUUUGCAAUGGAGGUAGUUUGAACACCGUGGUGCUCGCCAGCAGAACGGCCCUGCUGCAAGCCCCCCUGGCCGCCAGCAGCACCCAGCGCUUCUACAGCCUACCACCGCACCAGAAGGUGGAGCUGCCUGCUCUGUCCCCCACCAUGCAGACUGGAACCAUCGCUCGCUGGGAGAAGAAGGAGGGAGACAAGAUCAAUGAGGGAGACCUGAUCGCUGAGGUGGAGACGGACAAGGCCACGGUGGGGUUUGAGCUGUUGGAGGACUGUUACCUGGCCAAGAUCCUGGUACCUGAAGGAACGAGAGACGUCACCGUCGGAGCAGUCAUCUGCAUCACCGUCGACAGUGCUGAUCUGAUCCCAGCCUUUAAGGACCUGACGUUGGACAAGCUGGCUGCUAGCUCUGCCCCUUCUGCCCCUUCUGCCCCUCCCCCCCCCGCUGCUGUCGCCCCUGGCAGCUCCCUACCAACCCACAUGAAGGUGUGUCUACCAGCCCUGUCUCCUACGAUGACCAUGGGGACAGUGCAGCGCUGGGAGAAGAAGGUUGGAGAGAAACUCAGUGAAGGAGAUCUACUGGCAGAGAUAGAGACCGACAAGGCUACCAUCGGGUUUGAGGUACAGGAGGAGGGUUACCUGGCGAAGAUCAUGGUGUCUGAGGGAACGCGUGACGUUCCUCUGGGCGCUCCUCUCUGCAUCAUCGUGGAGAAGGAGAGUGACAUCGCUGCCUUCAGACACUAUGUAGAGGCAGCAGGGGCUGAUGUCUCCACCCCACCGCCUGCUCCAGCACCGGUUGUAGCCCCCACUCCUGCAGCAGCUAGCCCAGCUCAUGUGGCCCCGGCAACCCCAAGGAAAGGGCGUGUCUUCGCCAGCCCGCUAGCCAAGAAGCUCGCUGCCGAGAAGGGCAUUGACCUGGCCCAGGUCAGCGGCUCCGGUCCUGACGGUCGAGUCACCAGGAAAGACAUUGAGACCUUUGUCCCCCCCAAGGCUGCUCCUGCUGCUCCUGUUGCUGCAGCGCCUCCUUCCCCGGCUAGCCACGCCCCUACAUCUCCCCCGGGUGUUGCCCGGGCACACCCAGGGCCAACAGGCACCUUCACUGACGUUCCUAUCAGCAACAUCCGCAGGGUGAUAGCCCAGAGGUUGAUGCAGUCCAAGCAGACCAUUCCCCACUACUACCUGUCUGUUGACGUCAACAUGGACCACGUCCUAGAACUACGCAUGGAGCUCAACGCUGAGGUAAAGGCCCAGAACAUCAAGCUGAGUGUGAAUGAUUUCAUCAUUAAAGCCAGCGCUCUGGCCUGCCUCAAGGUCCCGGAAGCCAACUCCCAGUGGCUCGACUCUGUCAUCCGACAGAACCAUGUGGUGGACGUGAGCGUGGCGGUGAGUACACCCAACGGUCUGAUAACGCCCAUCGUGUUCAACGCCCACACCAAAGGACUGGCUGCUAUCAGCUCUGAUGUUUCAGCUCUGGCUGCCAAGGCCCGCGACGGGAAACUGCAGCCGCAUGAGUUCCAGGGAGGCACGUUUACCAUCUCUAACCUGGGAAUGUUUGGCGUCAAGAACUUCUCAGCGAUCAUCAACCCUCCCCAGGCCUGUAUACUGGCAGUAGGGGGCUCGGAGAAGAGACUGCUGCCUGCUGACAAUGAGAAAGGGUAACUACACUACCACUAUACUAUACUACUACUAUAACUACACUAUACUAGACUAGUACUACCCCAGGCCUGUAUACUGGCAGUAGGGGGCUCGGAGAAGAGACUGCUGCCUGCUGACAAUGAGAAAGGGUUUGACGUGGCCAGCAUGAUGUCGGUGACGUUGAGUUGUGACCAUCGCGUGGUGGACGGAGCAGUCGGCGCUCAGUGGCUCGCAGAGUUCAGGAAGUUCCUGGAGAAGCCUGUCACCAUGCUGCUCUGAUUGGAUAACACCCUCACCAGGCCACGCUGUGGUUGGCUGGAGCCGUCGCCAAGCUGAUUGGUGGAAACCGUUCAUCAUGUUUCUGUGAUUGGCUGGCCCACCACAAGGACACUCCCCCUCCCCCUUAAAGGGGUGAGGCAGGACUCACUCCCCUCAGAAUAUCAGACACGUUUCCCUCUUCCUCUGUCUCUCCCCCCUCCAUAACUGUAUUUAUUGACAAAGUUACAGUUUAGCCCAGAGGCUGUGAUGUCACUACAAAAUGUUGUUUAUAAAGGUAACUGUUACAGUUGGGAGAAGAUUGUGUUUAAAGUUAAAAAAGAUGAGAUUGGAGCUAAGAGUACGUUAGCAGAGAGACCUGAAGACACACACAGACAAACACACACACUAGCCCAGCCCCUCUGAUCAGCCUGCUAUGUAGAACCAGUAUAGAGACACACUAGCCCAGCCCCUCUGAUCAGCCUGCUAUGUAGAACCAGUAUAGAGACACGAUCAGCUGAUCUAUCUUGUGAUGCUCUAUGAUCAGCUGAUCUACCUUAUGAUGCUCUAUGAUCAGCUGAUCUACCUUAUGAUGCUCUAUGAUCAGCUGAUCUAUCUUGUGAUGCUCUAUGAUCAGCUGAUCUAUCUUGUGAUGCUCUAUGAUCAGCUGAUCUACCUUGUGAUGCUCUAUGAUCAGCUGAUCUAUCUUGUGAUGCUCUAUGAUCAGCUGAUCUAUCUUGUGAUGCUCUAUGAUCAGCUGAUCUAUCUUUUGAUGCUCUAUGAUCAGCUGAUCUAUCUUGUGAUGCUCUAUGAUCAGCUGAUCUAUCUUGUGAUGCUCUAUGAUCAGCUGAUCUAUCUUGUGAUGCUCUAUGAUCAGCUGAUCUAUCUUGUGAUGCUCUAUGAUCAGCUGAUCUACCUUUUGAUGCUCUAUGAUCAGCUGAUCUAUCUUGUGAUGCUCUAUGAUCAGCUGAUCUAUCUUGUGAUGCUCUAUGAUCAGCUGAUCUACCUUGUGAUGCUCUAUGAUAGGGGUCUCCAACAGGUCCAUCUACCAGUAGCUACCAGCCCACCUAUGAGUAGCUCGCCAAACAAUUCUGGAAGUACAUGCCCUUUUCAGUAUCAGACACCGCAAGCUCCCAACUACUAUCUAACAACACAACGAUGACAUUAUCCCACCCCUUGUUAGCGACUAUCGGCUUCGAAAGCCAAACCUAUAGCAAUAUCUGCCAAUUAGUUUCCAGCAAUAUUGCCUCUGUCUGUGUGGUGUGCAUAUUUUUUCUGUCACUCAGUGUGUAGCCAGUUCAUAUGAUAACCGUCUUGUGGUUUUACAGAAAUACUUUCGCCAAAACCUUCUCAAUUAAAUGUUAACUGCAAAAGUAGGCUUACCUGGCAGAAGCAUAUCAUGAGUAAGUACGUCAUUUGCAUCUGUUAUUUGUUAACUCUGCCAUGAGCUGAGCAGCAGCAGUCCAUAACCAUCACUAGAUCGGCACAUUCCUCACAACCCCAGUUUCACAAUUAAAGGGCCAGAUGCACAAUUAAAGGGGAAUUACACCCCAAAAAGUCUACAUUUGUUAUUUUUCUUCCAGACGCCCAUAAAAUGGCCUUGUGUGAUUUAAGCAUUGACGUGGACUCAGAACAUCCAUAUUGACACCUCCACUGUGGGGCUCUAUAGGUCUUCUGAUGUGAUGACACCUCCACUGUGGGGCUCUAUAGGUCUUCUGAUGUGAUGACACCUCCACUGUGGGGCUCUAUAGGUCUUCUGAUGUGAUGUAAUGACACCUCCACUGUGGGGCUCUAUAGGUCUUCUGAUGUGAUGACACCUCCACUGUGGGGCUCUAUAGGUCUUCUGAUGUGAUGUAAUGACACCUCCACUGUGGGGCUCUAUAGGUCUUCUGAUGUGAUGACACCUCCACUGUGGGGCUCUAUAGGUCUUCUGAUGUGAUGACACCUCCACUGUGGGGCUCUAUAGGUCUUCUGAUGUGAUGUAAUGACACCUCCACUGUGGGGCUCUAUAGGUCUUCUGAUGUGAUGACACCUCCACUGUGGGGCUCUAUAGGUCUUCUGAUGUGAUGACACCUCCACUGUGGGGCUCUAUAGGUCUUCUGAUGUGAUGUAAUGACACCUCCACUGUGGGGCUCUAUAGGUCUUCUGAUGUGAUGACACCUCCACUGUGGGGCUCUAUAGGUCUUCUGAUGUGAUGUAAUGACACCUCCACUGUGGGGCUCUAUAGGUCUUCUGAUGUGAUGACACCUCCACUGUGGGGCUCUAUAGGUCUUCUGAUGUGAUGUAAUGACACCUCCACUGUGGGGCUCUAUAGGUCUUCUGAUGUGAUGACACCUCCACUGUGGGGCUCUAUAGGUCUUCUGAUGUGAUGACACCUCCACUGUGGGGCUCUAUAGGUCUUCUGAUGUGAUGACACCUCCACUGUGGGGCUCUAUAGGUCUUCUGAUGUGAUGACACCUCCACUGUGGGGCUCUAUAGGUCUUCUGAUGUGAUGACACCUCCACUGUGGGGCUCUAUAGGUCUUCUGAUGUGAUGACACCUCCACUGUGGGGCUCUAUAGGUCUUCUGAUGUGAUGACACCUCCACUGUGGGGCUCUAUAGGUCUUCUGAUGUGAUGACACCUCCACUGUGGGGCUCUAUAGGUCUUCUGAUGUGAUGACACCUCCACUGUGGGGCUCUAUAGGUCUUCUGAUGUGAUGACACCUCCACUGUGGGGCUCUAUAGGUCUUCUGAUGUGAUGACACCUCCACUGUGGGGCUCUAUAGGUCUUCUGAUGUGAUGACACCUCCACUGUGGGGCUCUAUAGGUCUUCUGAUGUGAUGACACCUCCACUGUGGGGCUAUAUAGGUCUUCUGAUGUGAUGACACCUCCACUGUGGGGCUCUAUAGGUCUUCUGAUGUGAUGACACCUCCACUGUGGGGCUCUAUAGGUCUUCUGAUGUGAUGACACCUCCACUGUGGGGCUCUAUAGGUCUUCUGAUGUGAUGACACCUCCACUGUGGGGCUCUAUAGGUCUUCUGAUGUGAUGACACCUCCACUGUGGGGCUCUAUAGGUCUUCUGAUGUGAUGACACCUCCACUGUGGGGCUCUAUAGGUCUUCUGAUGUGAUGACACCUCCACUGUGGGGCUCUAUAGGUCUUCUGAUGUGAUGACACCUCCACUGUGGGGCUCUAUAGGUCUUCUGAUGUGAUGACACCUCCACUGUGGGGCUCUAUAGGUCUUCUGAUGUGAUGACACCUCCACUGUGGGGCUCUAUAGGUCUUCUGAUGUGAUGACACCUCCACUGUGGGGCUCUAUAGGUCUUCUGAUGUGAUGACACCUCCACUGUGGGGCUCUAUAGGUCUUCUGAUGUGAUGACACCUCCACUGUGGGGCUCUAUAGGUCUUCUGAUGUGAUGACACCUCCACUGUGGGGCUCUAUAGGUCUUCUGAUGUGAUGACACCUCCACUGUGGGGCUCUAUAGGUCUUCUGAUGUGAUGACACCUCCACUGUGGGGCUCUAUAGGUCUUCUGAUGUGAUGACACCUCCACUGUGGGGCUCUAUAGGUCUUCUGAUGUGAUGACACCUCCACUGUGGGGCUCUAUAGGUCUUCUGAUGUGAUGACACCUCCACUGUGGGGCUCUAUAGGUCUUCUGAUGUGAUGACACCUCCACUGUGGGGCUCUAUAGGUCUUCUGAUGUGAUGUAAUGACACCUCCACUGUGGGGCUCUAUAGGUCUUCUGAUGUAAUGACACCUCCACUGUGGGGCUCUAUAGGUCUUCUGAUGUGAUGACACCUCCACUGUGGGGCUCUAUAGGUCUUCUGAUGUGAUUUAAUGACAUGGACUCAGAACAUAAUGUAGUUGUUUCUCUAUGAACAAUUGUAACCAUCAUUUAGGAGAGAGAAAAAAGACUUUAUAGCCCCCCUUAGAGUUGUUUAUGAAUGAACUGUUAUUUGACCAGGUAUAUUGACAGAAAAUACAGUUCACUACUUUCUGAGUAGCAGGAAAGAGGAGAAUGUGCCUAUUUGAAAGCUAGAAAGAAAUGAGUAACUGAAGACAUUUCUAGCUCUUAUGCUAGAAAAGGUUGGAGACCCCUGCUCUACGAUCAGCUAAUCUAGGAUGGGUGGAGUCUUCAUUUACAGAGUGGGAGGGGCUUUAUUUAUGACAUCACCCCCUGACUUAUCACUCGGCCAAUCCCCUUCUUCCCCUGGACAUGUUAUUAUUUUAUAACCUGUUAACAAACAUUCUGAACAGGAAACGUUGUGUAUUUACAUGACAUCAUCUGAAAACAAGUGAAACGCACAAAGAAGUGAAGCUGGAUGUACCGUUGCCAUGGGAAUUAUUGCUGAAUAAUUUGAGUCAAAAUGA